CGAACUUGCAGGCGGAGGUCCAGCGGAUCGGGACCGGUGAGUGCAUUGUGCCAAGAUCCGAAAUCGAAACUCAUCCUAAGAUAAAUGAACACCACGUGGAAGGACACUGCGGAUUAAGGUGAUUGGAUCUUUUACGAAACGAUGAUUUCGCGGUACCAAGUUUUGUGCGCGCUGCUCCUAUUCGGCGCUGUUUUGCUGUACCAAGCGAUGGCGCAAGUAGACGGCUAUACACCUGGCGUGGAUUAUCCGAUCUACGACUCGGUACCUUUCGGCCUUACGUUUACCUGCGGGGGCAAGUUACCUGGUUACUAUGCCGAUCCUGAAGCUAGAUGUCAGGUCUGGCAUUGGUGUUUGCCAAAUGGGCGCCAGUUCAGCUUCCUCUGUCCAAACGGCACAGUUUUCAGCCAAUCGGCCCGUGUCUGCGAUUGGUGGUUCAAGGUUGAUUGCAACGACUCGCCGAGAUUGUACGGUAUCAACGACGACCUGUACAGAGAUGUGAACGGGAACAAGAUCUAACGCUCUGAUUGUAAAAUCUGUGAACAUUUAAACGCGUGUUAACAAAGAGUAUAUUUCUGUGUACAGUUUCUUCGAGACAAGAGAGUAUUUCAAUAGAAGCGAGAUUCCGUCCAACGAGUUGUGAGUUCCUAGCUUGCCGGCAGAGAAACGCGUGAACAGAACGCUGUAAUAUUCUCGGACGCUAAAUCGCACGACGACGAUCGAUCGCUACAGGCUGAUCGAACUUUUAGCUAGAUAGAAUUUCAUCGCAGGUGCUGAUCACUUCCAUAGAACAAUGAAAAAUCUCUGUAUCUUCCCACAAACCAUCCGAAUAGUUCUAACCGCCUUAUAACAGAUUCGAUUCUUCAAUAAAGAACAACAGAUGCAUUAACUUUUUGCUACGUGUUGAACGUGACCGUGCCUUGGUCGCGCUUUAAUCGUACCGGUCAUCGUGUCUUUUUAUCGUAAAACUAUGUUAAGAGAGAAGAAUCCCGGGGAGAGGAGGAAAGAACGCGCGAUCGUGCAUCGCAAAACUCGAAAUCGCAUCGAACGAUUUCUUGGCAUGAUCGAACAAUAGAAAGCGAGCGAGUGAUCGACGCGAACGACCAGCUCUUUCCCUACCUUUUUCCUGUCAAACGCUGGCCAUCCGCGCUACGCUUUUCCGUUUACGUUUUACAUGCAAGCUGCGUCGCGAGUCUUCUUCCCCUCCUUCUUCCCUCGCGUAUCUUUCGAGAUCGAUUAGAAAGAAAUGCCGAUCGUAUCCUCGACCAAAUCGCGCGGAAGCCUCGCCGCGCCGGCUCGUUUUUCUUCCGAUCGAACAACGUGUAAUUACCGCGAGGAAUUUCAAUCGAUGCCUCGGACAUUACGUAAACGAAUAGAGAUUUGACGUGGUCACUUACGAAAUCCUCCUAACUUCCACCUGUCGAACAAGUUUUUAGAGUGUCAAGGCCAAAGUCAUCGUCGAACACCGUUAUUGCGAUUAUGCGCCGUUGAUCACACGAAUCAAAUGAAAAAUACAUGAAUCGUAUCGUAGCCAGCUCGUUGCGCGUAAUUACGACACCGUUCGACAUCGGGACGAUGCCGUGACAUCUCUAGAAGAUCGAAGCAUCGCGCAGGAUUACGAGGAAUUUGCGUGCGGAACUUUCGAGCGGCGAGCGAGUUAAAAUUCCGGGCGCGUAAAAAACACGCAUCGAGACGUUCCUCCUCGAGCGAAUCGCGAGCGCAAAUAUCACGGGCGUACCCGACGCCUCGUCCUCAAAUUCUUGACGAUCCCCUUUCAAAGAUCAACAGGCGUGUCGUGGCAAGUCAUGCUUCGGACAGUGAUCAGGAUCAUCGGCAUUCGUCAUAUCUACGAUAUCGAUCUGGAUUGAACGAACUGUUCUAUUAGCAGGCAACAAGUAUCGGGACACAAACUCGCGAUACGGUAGCUGCGAAAAGUAUUUAUACGUACCCUUGUAUCUCUAUCAAACGUUCAAACACCGCAAUUACGAUGAUAUGCAAAUACUUUUUAUAACCUUUAUAUUAUAUAUGACGGUACAAUAGAUUUAUAGCGACGUAACUAGAAAAUAUGAACAAAGAAUGGCAUUGGAUUUGUAAAUAUCGACACGUGUCCUGACACUUGUGGCCGAUAAUGUAAAUCUUCGUCGAGUUUUACGAACCCAUCGACUAUAAAAUGGCCGACGAAAUGACGCGACCUUAUCUCGAGGAAAAGAACGUAAGACAAGGGAGAUCGAGGCCUUGAAUCUCGAGAAAGAAAGGAGUUGUCGUCCUUAGAGAAAGCAGUGAACUUUGAUGAAACGAUCCAUCUCAUGGGCACGGGUGAGUUCCGAUUAUCGCGAUACGAUCCUGUUUUACGAUCCUGCCAACGAAGCCGAAUCAAGAAUAAAUCGCAGCUGGACGGUCAUCGCAGUUUUCAUCGAAGGUUAACAUUUAUUAACAGGAUUUCUUCUUCGAACGAAUCCGAAAAUGGUCGGCACGUACGCGCGCGUCAAUUGCACUGGUAUUCCCUUAAAGUUAGAAAGGACUAGUCGAAGGAGUGGAAGCUGGUUAGAAUACUUUCUUCGAGUAGCUAUAACUCUAUUCGCUCGAUGCCUGACCCUGAAGGUGAUUUAUCGAAAAGCCAGUCGGCUCGCUCGGAGAGUCGAUCGCUUUUUCGUGUCUAACGGCGUUCGAUUGCGAAAGAAUCACAGUGCGAGCCUCGCGGGAAACCAAACUUCCUAUUUCCAAAGAGUUAGGCGUGUUGUCGUCGGCCGAGAAAGCGAUCGUUAUCGAUUAAUAGAAUUCUAGAGGCGCGAUGUACUCGCCGGUUCCACGAAUUUGUCCUCCUCCGUGUCCUUCGUCGGCGGAGACGACGUUCCACUUUCACUUCGUUCCUUCGAUCUUUCGAAAAAUUACAAUUACGAGGAGUUUGCUACGUAGCUGGCUCGGGUUACUCACGA